AUGCCUACCAUACUAAAUGUCGCGCUGGUCUCUGGCGACGCCAAAGCCCUGGAAGCAUGCUUCUACACAGAGCAGGCAUACUGGAAGGACCAGUUAGCCUUUACCUGGCACCUGCGAACAUUCAGCGGGCCUGGCAGGAUUGCCGCGAGUCUACUAGAGACGGCCAAACUGAGGCGCCUCGCUGGGAUUGAGGCGGAUGGGGCUGCGGUGUUUCUUCCCGCCACGCCGGUUCUUCAAUUCAUCAACUGUCCCCUGGUAUUCAGGACAGAAUCACCAGCUGCACUGGGUCGGGGGAAGAUGCUUUUAUUGCCUGUCGACGACGGCGACGAUAUCGCGUGGAAGAUCUGGAUAUUCAGCACCAGGCUUGAAAGUCUGGACAUCCACCCCGAGAACGAAGCGCUUUUAGAAUCUCCGAGAAGGGCACUGGAUGGCGAAACGGACAUUGCAACAGAUGUCUUUAUUAUUGGCGCGGGCAAUGCCGCCGUCACCCUCUCUGCACGUCUCAAGGCUCUGGGUGUCGACAGCGUCAUGGCCGAUCGGAAUGCUCGCCCAGGGGAUAACUGGAGGCUGCGGUACGACUGCAUGCAGUUCCAUCUGCCGACUUCGUUCUGUGAGAUGCCGUAUAUGCGCUACGGUAAAGAUCUCCAAAACCCGCAUCUCCUAUCCAAAAAUGACCUCGCCUCGCAAGUUCGGCGAUACGUCGAGUUGUUUAAUCUGAAUACCAUCCAUUCAGCUCAAGUCCGCUGGACUGAGUAUGAUACGGUGGCCAGCCAGUGGAAUAUCACGAUCCAGACGCCCGCUGGUAAGCACAGGGCUGUCUCCAAGCAUCUUGUCAUGGCGACGGGGAUCGGGUCUCAGAAGCCGUAUAUUCCGUCGAUCGAAGAUCCAGGUUUGUACAGGGGCGUGAGCAUUCACUCGGCGGAGUAUAAGAAUGCGGAGGCGUUGAAGGAGCGAGGGGCCAGGUCUGUCGUUAUUGUCGGCUCUGCAAACACCGCAUUCGACGUGCUUGUGGACUGCCACGACGCCGGUCUCGCCGCAACAAUGGUCGUCCGAUCCCCCACGUACAUCGUCCCCCUUGAAUAUAUUUGCCACAGCUUGAGUCUCGGCGCAUACGACGCAGGCGUCGACGCCGCCGAUAACCUCUUCCUGUCCCUCCCCUCCGUCGUCGACGGCCAGCUUGGCCGUGGGCUAUUCUCCAUGUUCGCCGGCAAUGAGCCGGAGCGGUACGCUGGCCUUGAGGCAGCAGGUUUCCCCGUUCUUGAUAGCCGAGAACCGUCCUGUGCACUGAUGUGCAAUCUUCUCGAGCGGGCUGGGGGGCAUUAUGUCGAUGUUGGAGGUACGAAACUAAUCGAGCAGAAGAAGGUCGAUGUCAAGGCGCUUGUGGAACCCAUUGGGUAUACAGAGACGGGCCUUCGGCUUUCUGAUGGCAGUUAUGUGGAUGCAGAUGCUGUUAUUUGGUGUACGGGCUUUGCUGACCUGAACGCGGUAGACACUGCGGCGGAUAUUCUUGGGGGUGCAGGCGAGAAUGAGACGAACAGUGAGAAGCAUGUUUUAACCCCCCGAGAUAUCGCCUCGCGUAUAGAUGCGACGUGGGGACUCGACGACGAGGGAGAGAUAAGGGGGAUGUGGAAGCGCCACCAGAAUGCAGACAACUUCUGGAUCAUGGGGGGCUAUACGCAGCAGCACCGGUGGCACUCGCGCACUCUGGCUCUGCAGCUCAAGGCUGCGUUGGAGGGCAUUUUGCCGCCGGCUUACAACCGAGUGAUAUGA